ACCAAUAAAAUAUUGUUGAGUUUUGAAGUAAUAUUUGGAAGCUUUUGUACAUAUUCUUGAAUGCAUUCUUGAUUUUUGCAGGAGACAAUGAAUGAAUCAGAUGAUGAAACUCCUGCCCUUGAUACUCAAGUAUUCUCUCCUAAUCUGACAAAAGAGGUAUAUGCUCAAUGAUAUUGUUUUCACAGUUGGAGUUUACAAAUUAGUUUUGGGUGAUUUUUUUUUACAUAUAAAGGCUUUUCUGAUUUUUGACAGAAAGAAACAGAAACGUCUACCGAUGAGAGGCCAUCCAAUCCUAAUCAAGAUGGAAAACCAGAUGAUGAGGUAAUAUUUAUUCUAGAAAUUAUAGUUGAAUGUAUUCAUGAUGGCCAUUCCUGAUAUUUUUUUGCAGAUUGUGAGAGAGAAAUUAACAAGUGAGUCACCUGCUACUCAGAGUCAAGUUUUGCAGAAAGAAACAGUGGAAAUGAAUGAGACACCUUCUUCUCCAAUAGCUCCAAAGAGUAUUGAAACUCCCGUUUAUACUCCAAGUCAGACUCAGCAGAUUGAGAGAGAGCCAUCGGAUGACACGCCUGCCCUUGAUACUCAAGUUUUUACUCCUAAUCUGACAAAAGAGAGGGAAACACAAACCUCUACUGAUGAAACGCCACCCAAAACUAAUCAAGAAGAAGGAAAACCAGAUGAUGAGGUAAUAUUUACUCUAGAAAUUAUAAUUGAAUGUAUUCAUGAUGGCCUUUCCUGAUAUUUUUUGCAGAUUGUGA